UACCACUAGUAUACCGAAAACAUCUUCAAUAUGCCGUCCUCCGUGGCCACGCAGGCGCCUUCUCUGACGACAUUCCUCAAAUCACACAAGUCCAGCGAUAUCGAGUCCUCGAUCGAACUGCUCAUCUCCCUCCUCAAGCGACGUCAAAUCAGGAACUCUCGACCAUGUGCAAUUGCAACCGCUCAGCUGCUCCUCCGUGUGGUCGGCGAACAGCGGUGGAAAGAUGCUGAGACGCUCAUCCAGCGCGUUCGCCAAGUCGGCCGCAGACUGACGGCUGCUCAGCCGCGCGAGAUGGCAGUGGGCAACAUUGUGCGCCGCAUUCUUGGUAUCGUACGCGAGAUUACGGAAGACAAUCCGAACGAGGAUCACGAUGAAGGUCUGCCCGCAGCCGCGGUGACUGGCGAGUCGUUCAAACGAGCCAGUCUCUCGUCCAAGACAUCUGGAUUCACUCCGCUGCCACAGGGAACGCCUCCUCGAAAAAGUAUGAGCCCUCCAUCGAUAGACGGCUCUUUUGGUCAUACCCAGCGUCCUUCCAUGCCAGCACCCGCAGGCUCAUUGUUUGGCAUCUUCCAGCAACCUGGUGCCUUCUCGUCCAACGCUGGAUCUCCUCUCACAUCAGGCACAGCCUCUCCCAUUCCACACAAGCAGGCCGAAGUUAAAGUCGAGAAGAUCGACAUCAAGGCGGAGGUCAUCGACGGCAUCAAGGAUCUACUCGAGGAAUUGGACAUCGUCGACACACAGAUCGCCGAAUCUGCGUUGGACCACAUUCACUCCAACGAGAUCAUCCUCACGCAUACCUCUUCCCAAACAGUGCAAAAGUUCCUCGCCGCAGCCGCUCGCAAGCGCUCAUUUACCGUCGUCCACGCCGAGGCCUACCCCAACGAUCAUCUGUCCACACACGCCACGAUCGUCAACGGUAGCACAGCAUCAGCAGAAGACGACUCCAUGGAUCGCUGGAAACCCUUGACCUCUCUCGGCAUCAAAGUCAUUCUCAUUCCCGACACAGCAGUCUUUGCACUGAUGUCUCGCAUUAACAAAGUCAUUCUCGCUCCACAUACGGUCUUAGCCAACGGCUCACUCAUCGCCGCAGCGGGUGCGAGUGCCAUUGCGCAGGCCGCGCAAAUGCAUCGUGUGCCUGUCGUCGUGCUCAGCGGAGUCUACAAGCUCAGUCCUGUCUACCCGUUCGAUUCGAAUGAGCUUCUGGAGUACGGUGAUCCGAGCAAAGUCGUCGGCUUUGACGAAGGCGGACUGGUGGGUGGGGUGGAUGUCGUCAAUCCUGUGUUCGACCAUGUCGGAGCAGAUCUUGUCGAUCUUUACGUUACAAACCUGGGCGGAUGUGCGCCGAGCUUCUUGUACAGGAUCGUUGCGGAUCACUAUCGAGGGGAGGAUGUGGAUCUGUGA